AUGGUAAUGGACAAUGCAUCCUAUCACUCUUUUCAAAUUGACAAGCCGCCUAUUGCAUCCAAUAGAAAGGCAGUUAUCAAAGACUGGCUUAUCACGAAAGGAGAAACCCCCGGAGACGAUCUCUUGAAGGCUGAUCUGCUUGCAAUGGUAAAGCAACAUACAUCAAGAUGGCCACACAGGUACGAAAUUGACAAUAUUGCAAGUGGACACGGUCACAAAGUGGUAAGACUUCCUCCAUACCCUAGUCAAUAUAACCCAAUAGAAUUAAUGUGGAGCCAGGUCAAACAGUAUGUUGCAAAGAAGAAGAAUUUUAACAUGUCGGACCUCAAACCACUUGUAAGUGAAGCGUUACAUCAAGUAACAGAAGAAAACUGGAAAAAAGCAGUUAAUCAGCAGGGACUCUUCAACAGGAAGAUAUUUCACGAGAUUUAA